UAUAUUUUUAUUUCCAUUUCAAUAUUAGAAUUAUGGUUGAGUUUUUUUAAAAUUAUGUAUGUAACCUUUUAAUUUAGUUAUAUACAAUAACUGUAGAUCUCUUAUUUAUAUCAUGUAAGCAAACUUUUAUUUUGUUUGUAGUAAUAACAUCAAUACUAUUAAAACAUAAGCACUUUUUAUCUACUUACAAAUAGUUUAGAUUUGACUAUUACAUUUCUUUAAUUUUUUAUUAUUUCUCCUACAACAAAAUUAUUUAUUAUUUAAUAUAUACCAUAUCUAAUCUAUUAUUUUAAUAUUUUCAAAAUAAUAUAUUUAAAAAUAUAUAUAUUCUUAAAUAUAUUUUUCUAAGAUUGCAUUUUAAUAAUAUAUUUUUAAUAUCUUUUUAUAUAAAUGUACACAUACAUUUAUUUUUAAUAUUUACUUUUAAAUAAUAAAAUUACAGAUUAAUAAUAACUAUAGUUACAAACAAAUAUUAAAUCAUUUCUGAUUUAUUGAAUAAGAAAUAACAUUUUUAUGAUAUUUAUAUAUACAUAAUUUAUAUUCAUAAUUAAACUACUAGGACAAUUAAUAAAUAUAAAGUAGCUUAAUCUAUUUAUUACUAUUUUAUAAAUUAUAAAAUUAAAUAAUAACAUAUAUUCAUGAAUUUUAAAAUAUACUUUAAAUUAUUAAAACAAAAUAUUAAAGUAAUAUAUAUAAACUAAUAAAUAAUUUUAUACUUUAAUACACAUAUUUAAAUUAGAAUAUUAAAUUUAAUUCAAUAGAUUUAUCAAGUAUAAGACGGGUUGAAUGACAUAUAAUUAAUUUAUAUAAUAAAAAAAAUUGACCAGUAUAAAAAUUAAAAAUAAAAGGUACUGUAAUUUAAAGUUUGAAAAUAUAAGUAAAAUUAAUACGGGACGGGUUAUGUAAAUGAAUUAUCUUAUAAAAUUAUAUUCAUGUAAAUUUUAAAUAAUUAUCUAUUUUGUAAGGACAAAUGUUUUAUAAAAAUACAUAUGUACAAAAUUUCUAAUUUUCAGUAAAUAAAUUUUUGAAUAAAAAUUAAUCUCGCGCUUUUAAAACGCGGAUCAAAAUCUAGUAUACUUAUUAACAUUUACCAACUAAACUAAUGGAGAUUUUAGUCAAAAAUAGUUGAAAUAUUACAUAUUAUUUUCAGGGCUGGAAGCACAUGCUACCCCAACUUCUAACCAGGGCCGACACUGCUUACAUCGUGAUGAAAAUCUUGUAUAGGUUUAUUCUCUAUUAAUCUAUUUAUUGUUGUAAAUCAUUUCUCUAGGAUUCGAAUCCAAAAUCUUUUAAUUUAAAAACAUUAAUGACUUCUUAGCUACUGGAGUAAAAAGACUUCCACUAAAUAUAGGUUGCGGAUACUGAAACUAGAAAUGUUCCACGUAUUUUGGUUCUCCCGUGUGAUUGAGGUCAUCUGAUUGAGAGACUGGUUAGAUACCAACUGUUAUCUUUGGAACAGUCAAUGAACUUGAUCGAUUUUUUUCUUAAUCUGAGUAGGAACAAGCUAAGAUGGAAGAUAUUUCUAAAAACAUGAACGUUCAAGUAGAAGAGUUGUGGAAGAGAGUUGAAGAGUUCACCAGGCUUCACUAUACCUCAUAAAAUCAAUGCCAUAAGCUCUGUUUUUUUUUUUCAUUUUAAAAUUAAUGCUUUCUUGAGUUUAGAGUUUUUUUUUUUUUGUAACAGAGUUUAGAGUAUUUUGAUUUGUUACAUCAUAUUCUAAAUGGAUUUGGCAUUUGUAAUAGCUUGGAUAUGUUGUUUUCUUUCUUAAUCAAACCGACCCUCUUUUUGGUCCUUUAGAUUGAAAAAUUCGUGAAUCACUUUGUCGAAAUGUACUCAGUUUUAGUGUUUGUUGGGUAUUUUAUGCCUUUUCUAUGUGAAAUUAUUAUGCUUAUAAUUAAACAGAUACUAUUUGCAGAGAAUUCUUUGCUUGUGAACGCCUCUUCUCAACUUUUCAGUAUUUGUUAUACAAUAAAUAUAUUGGAAAGUAAUAUUCCUGAUAUUAAAAAUCAUAAAACAAAUCUUGUGCUAUCAAUUUCUUGAACAUUUUAUUACUCUUGAAGGCACCUUCGAUUCCUUAAUGAGAUCUAGAUUAUUCUUUGCUCUUUUGAUUAGGUUAUCUUGUAACUAAAUAAAACCUAACCUCUCUUGUCUCAGCCUCCAAAGUCCCCAUUACUGAUCAUUAUAGUAAAAAAGAGUGUGACAAUCAAUAUAUUUAUGUAUAAUAUAGGUUUCUACUUAUGGUGAUGUUAUGAUCUGGAGUUUUUCUUCUCUUUACAUUUAUAUUUUCUAUUACCAACAUCUUGAAAAUGAGAAAUCAAUUUUGGAUUUUUCUAUUUUCUCUGGUUCUACUAAACUUCAUAUCCCAAGUACGAUGUAAAGCUACAAGACCGGUAACUAUGAUCCGACCAGAGUCACCGAUUCGGCCUGAAGGUAAUACGACGUUCUUGGAUGGAACAACAUGGUGUGUGGCUCGACCAAGUGCGUCUCAGGCUGAGCUACAGAGAGCUCUUGAUUGGGCAUGUGGUAUUGGGAGAGUUGAUUGCUCAGUCAUCGAGAAACAUGGUGACUGUUACGAGCCGGAUACGAUAUGGUCGCACGCAUCCUUUGCGUUUAAUGCGUAUUAUCAAACCAAUGGGAACAAUCGCAUCGCUUGUUACUUCGGUGGAACAGCUACACUCACCAAGAUAAACCCGAGCUACGGAACGUGCUCCUAUGAUGUAUCCAAAUCGGAAGUCUCCUCCGCAAGAUCUCUAGCAGAGUACAAGCCACGGUGGAUGUGGCUGAUGUGCAUAGGACUUUUAUUGUUUUUAUAUCGGCGAAGCUAACAUCUUCACCGAAAAAAAAGCCAAUAUUGGUCAAAUAUAUCAGUUGUGCCAGAAUAUUUUUCCUAAGAGAAAAGGUUGCAAAGAUUUUGUGGUUUUCUAGCAGUUAAGCUUUAUGUUUAGUUCUUCGCUUUCCUCUUGGGUUUAGAAUCUUACAAAACCCUUUUAUAUUCCUUCCUUAUUGUUACGAAAGGUUUAUUUUCAUGUUCCUUUAAUAAUAAUAUCAUAAAUAGCUUUAUAUAAA